CACUGAAGCGUUCCCACUUUGUCGUGUGUGUUGACUUCCGGGUCUACCCGUCCAUUGGUGAUAGAUGCACUGUACACUUGACAACUUGGAGCAUUGACAGCACACACUGGAGAUUAAUGGAAUCUCGGGGCUGUUUUUCUCAACUUUUGUGUUGUUGGGGAGAGUCAACAUCUCAACCCGAACUAACUCCUUUCACGCCCCUUCCUAAACAUAGAGAAAUAAAGCAUGUAAUCCUCCGGGCGAUGUACGACUUUAAAGCGAUUGAAGAAGACGACCUCUCAUUCAGUCAAGGAGAUCUUCUCAAGAAAGAGAACCCUGGUGACACAUCCGCGUGGGUGGUUUGCAUCAACAUGAGAAAUGGAAAUAAAGGAUUCGUUCCUAUCGAGUAUGUCCAACUUGCUGACACAUCUCCCAAUGGUCCUGACUGGUGGUUUGACUGUAGCAGGAGCCAGGCAGAGGCAUUACUGAUGAGAUACGAGGUGGCCAUUGGAAGUUUCCUGGUCAGGGGGUCGCUAUGUCAAAACAGCGUAUUGUCCAUCAAAUAUCUGCAAGAUGCUGGGGAAACACAGUGUGUAUUUCAUUACAAGAUACGGCUAACAGAUGGUGGGGAGAGAUGUAUAUCACCGAGGAAGAUCUUCCCUGACCUCAUCUCUCUGGUGGCACAUUAUAGAGCUUCGUUGCAGACGAUCCCUUUUCCGGCAGCGCUCGGCCACGUGCACCUCGGCCUCGGCUGCCCGAACACUUCCGAGGGAAACCGAAUGUCUCCGACGGAAGUAGAGAUCGUCUCACACAACAGUACUAUGAAGAUCCAGAGAGAGCAUCAGUCUGAGUGAAACACUGGCAGAGGACGUGUGGCGAGAUAUGAUCAAGUAAAGGAAUUAAUUCUGGUGUUAACUCCCGUCGCGAUAAGGACGAUAUGGGUGUCUUCCAACAAUG